AUGCAGCAGAUCUCAGAUGAUGAAGGCCCAAUUCACUGGUUAGAUCUGCCGAACCUUCGAUUGAAACCCAAGGCCGACGAACUUAACCACGUUCUCUCGAAACUUGUAGUGCAACUGCACAAUUUCGAUGAGAUUCCAGAUCUUGAUCAAGGAACUACGAGAUGGCUGACCCAGCUAGUAGCCCAUGAUCUAGAGUGGAUCGACGAAAGCACUGCUCAGGCUAUAAGAGACUCGGCUGCUCACAGACUCGCUCAGCAAUGCGGGAUAACUGCACGAGCAGACGUGACUCGAGCAGUUGAUGUGGGCGAGCUCAAAAUACAGCUUUUGGAACCAGGGCUCACGACUGAUAAACUGGGUAUGAAAACAUGGGGUGCAGCACUGGUUCUGGCGAAAAGAUUGGUUGCUGAACCCAGCUUGCUGGAAAAGUCGUGUAUUGAACUCGGUGCUGGCACUGGGUUGGUUGGUAUUACCGCAGCCAAAUUGGGGGCCCAAAUUGUUCUCACUGAUCUGGAAGAAAUUGUGGUAAAUCUUGAACGCAAUGUUCUCUCAAACAAUUUGAAUUGCCCUUGUCAUGUUCUUGAUUGGUCUGAUCCUCAUAGCUCGGUUCUGGCUGGCCAGAAGUUUGACCUAAUUCUUAUUUCAGAUCCCGUGUACAGUGUUGAGCACCCGGAGGCCUUGCUUGCAUCAAUUGCCAUGCUUGACGCCAGAAAAGUCAUUCUAGAAGUACCACUGCGACCCAAGUACGACAAUGAACGCAAUGCUGUUUAUACAGGAUUAUAUGAGUUAGGUUACAACCGCGACCGCUUUGAAUACGAUGACGGGAGAGACGAUUUUGGACCCUCUAAGUACGUGUUCUCCUACUGGACCAAGGAUCGAUGA